AAUCCGAAACAAUCCGAAACAAUUCGAAACAAUCCGAAACAAUCCGAAACAAUCCGAAACAAUCCGCUACAAUCCGGAACAAUCCGAAACAAUCCGCAAUAAUCCGAAACAAUCCGAAACAAUCCGAAACAAUCCGAAACAAUCCGCUACAAUCCGGAACAAUCCGAAACAACCUGCCAUGUCCGAUCUUCCCCGGCUCAGACCCGGAUCGGCGUUCCUUCUGCUGCAGAUUUUUGGGGUGCUGAUGGGCGGGGCAGUGAUGGGCGGGGCAGUGAUGGGCGGGGCAGAGGAAGACCCCUGUAAAUGCUUCAUCCUGGAGAAGGAAUAUGAUUGGUCGCUCCUCAUGUCGGAUCAUUGCUGUGUAAAGCUCAGUCUCAGCGUGGACUCCCUGGAAUGGAAUAUUUUCACCUCACUUCCCGGUCUUCGGAUUCUGGAUCUUUCCGGUUCUGGGAUUCUGGAAAUCACGGACGCCGUGGGCGGGGCGAACCGCACAAACCUGGAGUUUCUGUAUCUGAAUAACAAUCACUUGAAGGAUCUUCCUGACGGGUUCCUGAGAAACGCGCCGAACCUGAAGGUCCUUCACGUGGAGAACAACGAGCUGCGGAGACUUCCUGAGAACUUCCUGAAGAUCUCGGAUCAGAUCUCGGAGAUUCAUCUGAACUCCAAUCAUCUGAUUUCCCUUCCCGCCGAUCUCCUCAAACCUUCACUCACCAAACUCAACUUCCUCAACAACAGUCUGGACUGCACUUGCGUCCUCUACGACCAGCUGGGGGCCAAACUCCGGGACAACCACACCAGUUCCCUGCUGGACGGCGUGAUCUGCGCCACGCCAAACGAGGUCCGCGGGUUACAAAUUGUGGAGGUGGAAAGGGGGAGACUUUGCCGAUCCCACGGCCUGACUGUCGCUCUUAUUUGUGUCCCGCUGGGGGCGCUGCUCCUCUUCCUCUGCUGGUAUUGCUGCUGCCGCAAACACAAGGGCAAUUACACCGGCGCUGGCCGGGAGUGCCGUCUGGUCACCGUGGAUCGCAAUGGUGCCGGCAACAUGGGGGGAGAAUAUCACCAUUAUGAACCCCAACAUAAGAACCGGACGGAAGCGGAACCCGGACAGUUCAAGGACCCCAUUCUACUGAGACCUUCCGCCGCCCUCCUGGGGAGCAGCCGGGAUCUCUACGAGGAGGUGGAGAUCAAACUGGGAACCUCGGCGGACUCCUUAGUGAAGGGCGAAGGGCAGGUCUGCCAGGAAGGUCCGGGUCUCACCCUGGCGGUGGAAGAAGAAGAGGAGGAGGAGCUGAAGGCGGAGAUAGAGGGGGACGCGGUGAGCGUCACCGACGUCAUGAAGGACUCGACAGACCGAGAAAAGCUUUACCUCAACCAGUCCACAGACUAUUACAGCUUAGUUCCCGGCAUUGAGCUGGAAGACUCGGAUCACGGGGACUAUGAGAGUGUGGACCUCACCUAGGCAAAGCCAACAGAACCGGACCCGGCCCGAGACCCCCAAUGUGGCAGAGACCCCCGAUGUGCCCGGGACCCCCGAUGUGCCCGAGACCCCCGAUGUGCCCGAGACCCCCGAUGUGGCAGAGACCCCCGAUGUGCCCGAGACCCCCGAUGUGCCUGAGACCUCCAAUGUGCCCGGGACCCCCGAUGUGCCCGGGACCCCCGAUAUGCCCGAGACCCCCGAUGUGCCCGAGACCCCCGAUGUGCCCGAGACCCCCGAUGUGGCAGAGACCCCCGAUGUGCCCGAGACCCCCGAUGUG